UGGAAUCAGAUCCCAAGGGCUGGAAAAGACCUGUGAUCCGCAUCCAAAGAGACUUGAGUCUGAGAAAGUCAUUGCUGAAGCUCCAGUUAAGCAUGAAUCCAGGCGUGAGUCUCCUGUGUAUCCUUGUGUGCAUUACUGCAGCAAGCUGUGACCGGGUGUAUGUCCACCCCUUUGCGCUGGCUAAUGUCAACAACAUGCACACAAACAGCUGCAAGGAGGUGGAAAAAAGAGAACAUCAGGCAAAGACUUUCCUCCCCAGCCCAAUCGAGUCCCACAUCCCUUCAGCACCUGAAGAGAGCCCCGGGAACAAAAGUGAAGACGGGGAGAAGCUCGUUGGAGUGGACAGCUUGGUAGACCCAAUUUACAUUCUCGGUGCACGCUUCUACCAACUCCUGAGGGAAAUACAUGAGGGAGACAAUAUCUUUUUGUCCCCAGUAUUCAUAUAUGAAAGCCUGCUGUCCUUCUACCUGGGGGCCUCUGGAGUCACAGCCACUAAUUUGCAGACAUUUUUAGGAUAUGACUCUCCAACUAUUGAUCCAAACUGCACCUACAAAAUUGAUGGGCACAAAGUCUUUGCUGCCUUGAGGUCCAUCAUCCAUUGUCCAUUGCACCCAGGGGAAGAUGAUGGAUUGCUCUUCUCUAAGUUUUCCUCCCUGUUCACUUCCCCAGGCAUCUAUUUAUCUGAAUCCUUUGUCCAUGAAUUGGCCACUCCUGAUUCUAGUUUCCAGAUACGUGCGGUCAACUUUACAAACCCUACAAAGGCAGCGGAACAAAUCAGUGCAUUUGUUGAACGGAAAAGCACUCACAAAAGCCAAAAUUCGCUGGGAGACAUUGAUCCAGAAACCAAUCUCCUGCUCGCAACCUACCUUCAGGUCAAAGUUGCUCUAAAACAAGCCUCCCUCCUAAGGGAGCCCCAGGAAUUCUGGCUCGAUUCAGGCACAAAGAUUUCCGUGCCCAUGAUGACAGUGACUGGAACCUUCGAGUACAAAUGUGAUGGCAACCCAGGCCUUGCUGUUGUCAAGAUUCCUGUCAGCAAGUGUGUAUUUCUGCUGCUUUUGCUACCCACUAACAGCAGUACACUGGCCAGUGUGGAAGAUCAAUACUCUAUGAGGCCUUCUAAGGAAUGGCUGGAAAAACUGUCACCAAGCGAAAUCAACUUGACUUUGCCAACAGUUUCCUUCAAAAGCAUUUAUAAUCUUCAAGAGCUCCUCAUGAAACAGAACAUGUCUUGCCUACUUGAAAAGAAAGAUGGUUUCAGAAUGCUAAGUGACACUAACGUGAAAAUUGGAAAGGUCAUAAAUCAGCAACUUUUUGAGCUCAGUCCUGGUGGAGCAGAUCAGCCAGAAGAAUCCCCCAAACAAAAUGAACCCAAAGGGAGAAUUAAAAUAACACUGAACCGCCCUUUCCUGGUAAUAGUGUAUUCACGCAAUGCAGAAGGAAUGCUUUAUAUUGGCAGAGUAACAAAUCCAUUAAAAAAAUAAAUUUUAUACGGGGUUUCUAGAUUUGUUUGAAUAAUCUUUUCCUUAACAACUGCUUCUAUGGUCUGAAAUGUAAUUUGAUGUCUUGCAAUGUAAAUGGAUGUCUUGCAAAAUGUAUUAAAUAUUAUUAACAAGUAA